AUGCCUUCGGAACGCGACUAUCAGAUCGCACCAAUUGUGCAAGAGUCGGUGAUGCACAACACCAAGAUCGUCUCCAAUGUCCAAACCUUGACCGCAUCCUUGUUCGGAGUCGCCGCCGGAAUCCUCGGUCUCGAGUCGUACUCGGGAUUCCUGUUCUACGUGAUCUUCAGCUUCCUCACGACGGCAAUGUUCUACCUAUUCCGCGUCGCCCCCACUUCACUCUCUGCCGGCAAGGGAUUUCUCGAUUCCAGUCGAUACUUCAAAGGCCCUUUUGAGCUUUGGACCGGUGGUUUGUUUGGUGGGCUGGCGGGUUUCAUCUUGACGUGGACGCUAUUCUACGGCCUUGUGAGGGCAUAA